AGGAGAAGGAGAGAGAGAGAGAGGCUGAGUGAUAGAGAAUACACACGAGAGAGAGAGAGAGAGAGAGAAAGAGAGAGAGAGAGAGGGAGAGCAACUGUGUGACAGAGGGAAAGAGAACGAGGCAGGCUGCUUAGAGGAGCGAGAGAGCCAAGGACGGAAUAAGGAACACAUUUUACAAGAGCAGGAAGAGGGAGGAUCGUAGACGAGGGACUCCUUCUCUACUGGGCACCUGGGACACAGUCACUGCUUCUUUUUUUUCACUCGUCUUCAUCUGGAUCCCAGUGGACUAACCAACCGGUGGAUUUUUUAAUACACGCUUGUGCCACAUCGUUCAGGAACUGGGAUCAUUUUCCAGCUCAGACUGAGAUUGCUCUAUCCUCGACUCUCGUGUUGUAAUUCUGCUCCGUGCAACAAAGUGCAUCCGCCGGCCACCGGUGCUGAGGAUAUCUCCCCCUCUGUCAAACAGGACAGCACGCAGCCACUGUCAGAUCAGACUACAGAGAGAGAGAGAACGAAAGAGAGAGAGAGAGAGAGCUAGUGUGAGUGUGUAAAGAGAGAGAGAGAGUCAGAUUCAGUUUAAAGCCCAGGCGAAAGACUCGACCCAAACAGCUCUAAAUAGAGAAGUGAACCUAUACAUCCUCUCCCGUUUUUCCUUGCCAUCCCUUUCCUUCUUCCUCCUCCUCUCCUCUUCCUCUUCCUCUCCCAACAUUCACAGGACUGCCAGAGCUACUGCCACCUGCACCUCUUUCCUCUUCUUCCUCUACCUCACCCUUAUCGCGCGUUACUAUCUGAGACCGGCAGCACACGGACACGCUGCUUCUUGGUUCUAGCACUUGUGGAAAUAUUCCCUGCAACAUCCACCUGAUACCCCAGAGCGGUGAGGAUCCUACCCACAUCUUUCCACUUCUCCCUGGAGAUCCCGGCGAGCGACACAGCGGUGCGGACAGCCGAGACGAGGAAUCGCACAGCCCUGCCGCCGCCUUCUAUCCCAUCGCUAGCUACUUGGCAGCUCCCGCCCCCGUGUCACCAUUCCCUGCCUCAGUGCUAAGGAUUCCAGCUACAUGGGCAAGCGAUUGGAGCAGCAGCCAAUGUACCCUCAGUACACCUACUACUACCCCCACUAUCUCCAGACCAAGCAGCCCUAUGCUCCACCCCCUCAUCCCAUGGCUCCUCCCAGCCCGAGCACCAACAGCUGCAGCCAGGGAGGAGCAGAGCAGCUGAGUAAGACCAACCUGUAUAUUCGAGGCCUGCCACCUGGGACCACCGACCAGGACCUCAUCAAACUCUGCCAACCGUAUGGAAAAAUAGUGUCAACCAAGGCCAUACUUGAUAAAAACACCAACCAGUGCAAAGGCUAUGGCUUUGUGGAUUUUGACAGCCCAGCUGCAGCACAGAAGGCCGUGUCGUCUCUUAAAGCCACCGGGGUGCAGGCCCAAAUGGCCAAGCAACAAGAGCAGGACCCCACCAACCUGUACAUCUCCAACCUGCCAGUGUCGAUGGACGAGCAGGAGCUAGAGAAUAUGCUGAAGCCUCUGGGUCAUGUGAUCUCCACGCGGAUACUGAGGGAUGCCAAUGGGGUCAGCAGAGGAGUCGGCUUUGCAAGGAUGGAGUCCACAGAGAAAUGUGAAGUAGUGAUACAGCAUUUCAACGGAAAAUACCUGAAAACCCCGCCAGGCAUUCCAGCUCCCACGGAGCCUUUGCUGUGCAAGUUUGCCGACGGAGGGCAGAAGAAACGCCAGAGCCAGAGCAAGUAUCCUCAGAAUGGGAGGCCGUGGCACAGAGAAGGCGAGACUGGCAUGGCGUUAACAUAUGAUCCAGCUGCAAUGCAGAAUGGGUUCUACUCCUCGCCUUACAGCAUCGCCACCAACCGCAUGAUUGCACAGACCUCCAUCACGCCCUUCAUCGCUGCUUCCCCCGUCUCCACAUAUCAGGUCCAGAGUACGUCAUGGAUGCCUCAUCAACAAUAUGUUAUGCAACCUACAGGUGCAGUGAUCACGCCAGCCAUGGACCACACUAUGUCCAUGCAGCCUGCCAGCAUGAUGGGCCCUAUCACCCAGCAGAUGAACCAUCUGUCCCUGGGCACUACAGGAAGUUACAUGACUGCUGCAGCUGCCGCGGCGCCUAUGCAAGGGACCUACAUUCCCCAGUACACUCCUGUGCCUCCAACAGCCGUCCCUGUCGAAGGAGUGGUGACGGACGCCUCCCCACAGACCGUGGCUCCUUCGUCACAGGAGGUGGGCGGCCAGCAGCAACAGAUCCAGGUGGACAGCGCUGCCGACCACGUUCCUGCUUACUCAUACACGUCCAACAACGGCCUGAGCGAAUGUUCCUGUGACAGCGUUGCCUUGAGACAGAAGGUGGCUGCACUGUGAAUGUGAGGAAAAGAGAAAAGAAGAAAGAGAUUGCUUCCAGAUUGCCCAGGCACCAAAAAAGAGACACUUUUUUCAUUUCCUACCUGGCCUACGAGAAAAAAAAGUAAAGAAAAAAAAAACAAGUGCAAGAAGGAGGUAAAAGGUGCUGAGGAAGGAGAUGGGAAAAUUGCUGGGCACAGUGCAAAGAAGUGAAAUUGUUUAGUCUGCCUGUAGGGCUGGGCUGAAGCUUGAAAAGUUUCUCAAAGGAAAAUCUCAACUAAUUAAAAAAAGAUGAAAAAACAAGUAAAACCAACAAAAAAAAAUGAAUGCGCAGGUAGGUGAUGAAGUUUAUUUUGUAAUUAGAAAAGGGGAGUCAAGUUUGAGAUACACACAGAGAUUGUCUUCCUCAGAUAUUAAGCUACAGUUUCUUUUCACUCUUUUUUAUGUUCUAGUGUUAAAUUUUAGUUUUCUAGAUAUAUUCAAAAACAAAGUGUUUUUUUCUUUCUUGAAUCUUCAUGGCCUUAAUUUGAAGGGCGCCAGAAGCUUUUUACAGAGUUAAAAUCUGACGCCUGGUUAGGAAAAAGAAAAAAAAAACAGCAAACAAAAUCAGUUUCUUGGACCCCCCGGAGGGUUCAAGACACUGGACGAGUUGUUCUAAAGAGGAAAAAAAGAAUCUAUCACAUAAGCUGUACAGAUUUAAUAGAGAAGAGCUUUUUUGUUUCUUCAUUAGAAGAAAAACUUUGAUAAUUAUUAUGUCAGAGGUAACUAAGUGUCAGAAGAAAACAAAAUGUCUGUUUU